AACUGUUCAUUGGCUGUUGAAGUCAGGAAUUGCAAAAUAAUAUCAUGGUUCCUCUGUGAUAAUAAUGUUGAAAGAUUUAUUGAAGUUUGAAUGUGAUCAGCUGUGAAUGUGUACAAUUCUGUCAGGUUCUGUGCAUGCAGCUUCUUAGUUUGUUAUUGUAGCUAGCAAAUAUAUCGUUGAAGAAACAACUUUCUCGAGAAGGAUCACAAAUUAACCUAAAAUUUUUGGCAAAGUGUGCAAAAGAAAUUGUAAACCUACAGCACACCAGAUUUUUCAACUAAAGCAUAAAAAUUGCAGUACGAUGAAAUGUAUCCAUGUGAUUGUGAUGGUCCAAGACAUAGUUUGGGAUGAAUUUAUUUUUUCCCAAGAAGAUGUAUUGUUUCUAACAUUCAAUAACCAAUAUAGUAACAGUGAUGUUGCAUAUUUGAAAUUGAUUAAAGCUAAUAAAUUAAUAAUGUCACAGUAUGAAGUGUCUACACUAAUGAAUUCUAUUGUUAAUAAUAUGAAACACAUAAAUGGACAAAAUAUCCCCGAAAAGGUAAACAAACUUGACAUAACCUCACAUGAGAAGGGUAAUACUAAUACCUUAAAGGCACAGGAAUGCAGGACACCACAAUGUGUACAGAAGCUAUGCAUAAAUGGAUACCUUCUUUCCUUAUUUGUCAAAACGUUGCGUCUAUCAGCAGUGUACAGGAAAAGUGUUCUGACCAAUUUCAAGAAGUACAUCAAAAAGACAGGAAGAAUAUCACAACUAAGUGACAUAAUGAAAGUCAAUAUGAAAUUGGUGUGUCCUUAUAAGCACAUUAUUGACUUCACAUGGAACAACAGACUAGAGAGACUGGCUGUAGAGAGGAGAGAGUUGGAUAAUGUUAUGUCAUGGCUGUCAACCCUGGGCGGUGCUUUCUCUGCACUGGGAGAGGAAUUCAAACACUGUGCAGAGAUCGCUGCUCGUAUUUCUGCUCAGCAGUUCAGCAUUGCACUGCGUCUGGGAGACCCACUGACUGUGGCCCGAUGUAAACUGUAUCUUGCACUCAGUUUAGUACAGCGAGGACGUCUGGUGCCUGCCCGUCACAUCAUAGAGCAGCAGUAUCAUCUGGCACAGUCAGCUGUGGUUGUGGACGCACGGCUCAUCUCCAUGUGUCUCGGAAUAUGGGCAAAGCUAAAGUACGAGCAUCACAAGAGAAUAACACAACAAAGAGGAGGAAGGAAGUGUGCAUCAAGCUGUAUGAGUCAUUCCAGUACACUGCUAAUGAGAAAUAAAUCACCUAGCAACACUUUGCUUCAAAAGAUUAAUUUCUGAAAGCCCAAAGGUGUUUUUCAGCCACAGAUUAAGCUUCCUCCAAUACACAUUACAAAAUGAUAGAGCUUUUGAAGAGGGGGUUGGCAUCUAAUUCACACCUUUUUUCUAGUGUUAGUCAUAAGCUAAUGAACAUGAGAGGGACCUUCUGUAUGUUGCCCAGCACAACAAAUGUUACGACACCCUUGCUGCAGGACAGCAAAGUUGCAACAUUGUGACAAAUUCUGAAAAUGCCUGAUGUUAAACACAAGCCAUAAUAAACUGAGAUACAUGGAAAUGCUUGUUGUUUUAUGCAGCCUCAUAUUCAAAAGGUCCAUGCUUUUAAUCCUAACCACUGAUACUAACCUCUGAUCUUUACAAUGGUGCACAUGACAGAGUUGUCUGGGAAAUUUACAAUCUUCUAAUGUGUAAUGUAAGACAAUAGACAUUAAAAGAAUGGAAGACACUGUAGUGUAAUAUCUCUUCAUCUUGUACAAGAGCCAUGUUGUAUGGUCUUAUGAUGAAAAUUCAACAUAGAACUUCUUUAUAAACAUUUGUUUUGCCUGUGGUGUAUGUAAGCCUUUUGCAGAUCAAACUCUUCAGCAAACCAGACAUGUCAACAUCAUUCCUUUCUUAAAUCAAUGCCCACUUCUUUUCAAGACUAAUCAUCAGCCUUACUGACUCUGAGUGAAACAGUUUACUGGGAAAGUGUAAUCAUUCAAACCUGAGUAAGCAUUUAUAUGGUAUUAGUUGUAUUCUAGGAAUAAACAAACAUUCUCUUUUGCA